AUGUCGUCAUUUUUUAUCUCGUACUCAGAUCUCUUUUUGACGAAGCCGAAGGUUAGAUCUGGGCACGGUUGUUCAAACGUUGGGCAAUGCUAUCUACGGGAUAAAUUACUACCCACCGGAUAAGUAGACCAAUUGUGUUAUCAGCUGCGGGAUAAAGAUUUAUCCAGCCUCGUACCCAGGCCAGUUGGCGCUACCCGAAUUACCAGAGGACGCUUGGAACCGAGUGCGAUAGGGCGAAUUUUCCCGACAAGCUUGACAGGUGACGUCAAAUCCGAAAUCAAAAGGACGACUGGGAACGAGGCUGAGAUUUAUCUAUUGGAUAGCGUUAUCCAACGUUUGAACAACUGGGGCCUGGUCAAAUCCGAUUUGUACACGUGAUUACCUCUCAGGAAUGUCAGACAGACGAUGAGAGAGCUCAUGCUCGAAAUAAAUCUUCAAUUUUCGACGUAUUAAACAACGAAUUUGAUAGAGCCGUGAAGUCUUUUCUAGCAAAACUUGGUUUAUGAACCAACUGAUUUGUUGUUGUUUUUGCUCUUUUUAACAUCAAAUUCAACGCGACAGUUAAUUUGAAUUUAAUUAUCAUAGCGCGCGCUAAGACCUCAAAGCAGUACGCACCAACUUCUGCGCGAGAAUUUUUUUUACCCUCUUCAAAAGUCUUCGAGAGAGAGAGUUUUAAAAAGUCUUAAAAGGUAAGGUAAAGAUAGUUUUACAAGUUAUAUUGAGACGGAAAACUACUUCUUUAGUGAAAAUAAUUAUUUGAACAUAACUAAAGACUUUGCAAAGAAUGAAUUGCACACGCCAGAGCGCGAGCAGAUGACAACACUCACCUCAUUCACUCACAAUCUAGCUAAUCAAAAAAAUUGAAUUUUCUUACUUGGCCAUUUCGAAUUUGCAUAUUUCUCUUUCUUUCUUAUUCAUUUGGAAUUGAAAUGACAAAAAAGGUUCAAACACCCCCGUAGAUCUAUUGAAAACCAUUCCAGACCAAAAUGAGCGAAGUCUAUACCCAUUUCCAGAUCGACGCGGCGCAAAAACCAUUCUUUUUGGAGCGGCACAUGCCUAUAUGGCUUAUAUAAGGAGCUAUAAGGGAGUGCCCCCCGGAAAAUAUUCAGUUUUGGUCAUACCCCACUUCAUUUCCUUUCGCAGCUAUGGAAAUGUACAAAGUUUGUUUCGCCCUGGUGGCCACAACUUUGGCUGUGUUCUCGUCAGUGGCAUAUGCAGAUGAUUUCACUAAUGCUUAUAACAAGAUUGAAAAGGCAAAACCCAACAUCAAUUACAACAGUUUUUGCAAAGAAAUAGCGGGAGGAGGUGAGGAAAAACUUGCUUGCCGCAUCAACGGAAUAACUUCAAUUGGUUUUUUGGUUUGUAAAAAGGUGAAACCUGACGGAGUCGCAUCUUGCCUAGAAGUAAUUGAAAACGAAGUCAGAAAUCUUGUCACAAUCAUGCAAGCAGGCAUCAAUACAGUGGAUCUUUCUCCAAAUCCGAACAAGUGCAUCAUCACAGGUGUAAAAUGUGGCGAGGAGAAGAGCUUCGAAUGCAGUGGUUUUCUGGAGAAAUGGGUGUCGCGUGAUAUUGGCGAAUUCCAGCACAUUCGAGAUAGUAUUGUUGCAAACAAGGUGGGUCAGCUGGUUGCUGAGGUGAUUACGUACACGACUGGCGACCUGAAAAGCACCGCUCGUGAUUUGGUCAAGAUCAGAGAUUACAUGCUAAGAGGGAAAUACUUCCAGGUUUGUGACCUUCAGGGGUUUUUCCUGAAAAAGGGAGGUUUCAAAGUAAAUGAUGUUCCCUCGAUUGAGCAAAUUGGUUUAAACGAAAGAUGCUUUGAUGGCGAACCGACAACAGAAGAAGUUCUCAAAGCUUUGCAGCAGAUGGUUGAUGCCUUCAAAAGGGCAUGA